AUGGUUUCGUGGAAAGCCUCGAAAUAUGGGGAUUGGCUUCGAUUUUGCGACGAUCAUUCUCUUGUCGAAGUUCGUAGGCAUUGGGCCCAAUAUCAGGAGAUGGACGACCUGCCGCAGAAGAACAAGCAGGAACUUGAAGCAUCUUUUGCAUCCGGCAUGAAGUCCGUCCUGAAGAAAGUUGGGUCUACGGGAGCCCCCGUCGUCGCAGCCGGACCACUUUCAUACAACCUCCUCAAUGAUCGGAAGUCAAGCAACAUCGAGACAUUCUCCGAAUUUUGGUCGUCCGGCGUCACUGCUCGUAGUUUGUUUUCAGAUGCCAUUGAUCGGUGCCUAAACCCCACCUUCGUCUACUCUCGUGCUGGAAAGGCGUUCAAUGUCCAUUAUGCAACCGACCCCAUUCGCGCGUUCCAUUUAGCACCGUAUUUUGCUCCGACAAAGCAUGCAAUGUCGCCCUCAAAAGUCAGCCUCACGAGCCUCGUCCAGGUUUGCAUGGCCCAAUUCUCAGCGUGGUGCGUGUCACUUCAACGCCGCCUCCAGCAACGUUCUGCCACCACCAUUCGAUUCGCCGUCGCCGAAGCCCUCGCAUUUUGUGAGGCCCUCCAGCACUGUCGAGAUGGUGAAGAUACCAACACCGGUGUCUACAGUCAGUCUUGGGGAGGCUCGCAGCUCGAUUUCGAUGUUGGAGACUAUGGAUCCGAACGGACUGCCCCAAUGAUCUUCGACGUGAUCGACACUUCCAAUGUUACAGAUCAUAUGGGGCUUCUCAACAUCUUAACCGUCGCAGUGCCACUUCUGAAACGAACACCUUCGUCCGUUUUGCACACCAACACCUUGCUACGGACAAAGGACGAAGGGCCAGUAUCGUCGGGGUUGGCAGAGCGCGCCUGCACGGAUGUUUCGACGUUGUCGUUGCUCCUUGGGGUGGCUCCGAUUUGUCACCUCUCGCAUUUUACGACGCAGUCCAACAAGCACUUGCUGCUUGCUGGCCAUGUGCUCGGCAGGCAAUUUCAAGAAUGCCUCUCGUGGAAAAUGCCCUGGUCCGCCUUGCCAGGGCCAAUCAGUGGAAUCGAACAGCUGCAACCAUCGAUGUUGGCCUGCGCGGAUCCCAGAAGACUCGCACAAUUCCUCUUCAAUCUAUAUUUGAAAAUGUUUACGGAUGAAGACCAAUUCGAAAAUAUGAAGCAGAUCGGCAACUCGUCACGCCUCCGGACAAUGAACCAUAGAUCUUAUAUUCGAACUUCUUUCGUAUCGCUUCUCCAGAUCAUACAACCCAGAGUUGACGCAAAUUGGAAUGAAGUCAUGCGACAUUUCCUGGAACUUGUCCGGUUUGAUCAUACUCUUUUGAUCGGCGCACACAGCUACCAAGAACUUGCCUGCCAUCUUCAUUUGCGCAAUAUUCUCGCGUUGGACGUCUUACAUCCAGAUUGGUCUCGCGUUGUCAAGAGCCCUUCCAACCGUUUUCGGAAUUGGAAGGGCGAUGUCCCUCCUGUCGUGUGUGUCGUACUGAAGGUGCCUCGCCAGAGCCUUAAAGCUCUCGAAGACAUUGAUGAUUCGGAGAUCGGCACCCCACCCCUUCAAUGCGAAUCGUCGGACAACAAUUUUCAUAACAUCCAUUCAUCCAUACGACCCAUCUUCGGCAUGUUGGACGUUACCCAGGUUAACGGUGAACUCCAAGCGAUUCUGACUGAAGAUCCACAAGGCUGGAAUGGGAAUUCCCCACUCCUCGUAUCCUUCUAUAUGCCGUCGUGGCUGUUGACUAUUGCACCUAAGACGACCAAAAUUGGGCUUCACCUGCGGAACACUCCGGCGACGUUGGCGUUCAUGCCAAAGUUGGGCAUGUCUCUCGCCAUUUUCUCAGCGUAUCUGGCAGAUGAAGAUCAUGUUCAUAUUCUGCGUCAACGUCCCGACAACAUCAGGGAACUGUCCCAACUAAGGAAGCCCAUGGUACCCGUCAUGAGGAAUACUAACGUGACUACGGAGAGAGUCAUAAUCGACUUCGACGCUGAUGUGCCUACGGUGGGGUGA